AUGUCGACGAAACCGAACUACGAAGACUGGGAACCCCAUAAGGCCCAGAUUGAGCAGAUCUAUCUACGUGAGAACAAGAUCCAAAAAGAACUAAGUCGGAUCAUGGAAGAGACACGGGUUUCGAAAAACAAAGCCCAAUAUGAGAAGGCAUUCGAACGGUGGAACUUCAAGAAGUACAAAAUGACACCUGAGAAGUGGAAGGUCGUCAAACAUCGCAUCGAAAAAAGAAAGCGACAGAAGGGCAAAGAAAGUGAAGUGAAGUAUGAGAUCGGACCACAUGCUUUCGAAUCCACCAUCGCGAGGCCUACCUCAGGUAACGAUAUAUUGUUCAACUCAGAGACGCAGAACUUGCACAAUUUCUGCUUUCACGAGAUGCAAAUCCCGUUGGUCCGUUUUGGUUUCAAAGAUCACUCUGGUUUUCAUCCCAGAGCAUCAAGGAGGGUUUCCUUGAGAGUGUCAAAGCAUGUCUUCGGAAUACGACCAAAGCGCUAUCAGACGACUGCGCUAGGAGUGGCAGCUUCUAAAGGAGAUAUCCCAAUGUUGCAAAUUCUUCUAGCAGCACAUGCAACCGUCAAUCGGGCAAACAAUCCGGACGAUUAUUUACACCCGCUCGUGUUGGCUGUUACCGAAAGAAAGAAAGACGCACCUAGGCUUUUACUGGAAGCCGGUGCCAGUCUACAAGCUGCAAGAGAUGAAGCGGCAAAUCAGGAUGGGCAGAUAAGUUUGUUUGAACUAGCCUUGGAAGCAAACGACCUUCCCAUGUGCCAGAUUCUCCUGGCAAAUGGAGCCGAGGCAGGGGCACAGCUCAUGCAGAAUUAUUAUUCUUCUCAAUUGUGGGAGCACGUCAAAGAUAACGACCCUGAAACCGUUGCACUACUUCUACAACUUUCAGCCCGAGCAAAUGAUCUUCUUCGGAGCCUCCCUAACAGCGCACUGGGCGUAGCUAUAACGCAAUAG